CUGGCCAAGACUAGUCAAGCUCGUAGCGUGUCGGCGUGCGGUUGUUGUUGUUGCAGCAGAAAUCCUUGCUCUGUGAAACAAACCAGACGUAUUUAUUUAUCAGGGGGAUACAUAUGAAAAGAACAGGGUUUGGCUUAUUUUUCUGAUUAGUAGCAGCUGGAUUUCUUCAAGAUUUUCGAUGUCUUCUCGGAUAUACCCGUUAUUUGUGAAGGGCAAUCCGCAACUUCGGGUAUUCCUGCCUAACUUCUGGAUGAAGCUGGUGAAACACGAAAAACCUCUUCCGCAAAAUGAAGUCAAGUUUAUUGUAUCAUUGCAAAUGACGAAACAUGACGUUAAAAACUACCUGGAGAAGAUCUACAACGUGCCAGUUGUAGACGUUAGAACUGUCGUCAAGCGAGGUAAAAUAAGGAGAGCCACAGGAAAGGUGUACUUGGUUAAGGACGAUGAUUACAGGGUUGCUUUCGUCACGUUGACACAAAACUUUGAAUUCCCGGACCUCUUUCCCGAAUCGAGGAUUAAAGAAGACAUGGAAUCCGUGAAGAAGCAAGCCCAAACCCUCGAAGAAACGAAGAAACAGCAUCAGAGGCACGAUCCCAAUCGAACGGACGUACCUUCCUUCUUCGGUUUAUAGUGCCCCACAUGUAGCUGUGUGCGGACACUUAGAUAUCUGUCUGUACGAAGAAGCCGGUUCCACAAUUUUUCGGCAGUGACGCUAAUUAAACUUGUACAUCGAGUUCAC